UCUGAAUAACAGGGCCAACAUGGAGAGCAGUAAGCCAGUGAAGGAGGUGCUCCCCCUGCCUCGCCACCCUCCCUCUCUUCCUGUGACCUCUUCCUCUCUGACCCCUGCUGCCUCUUUAAAAGGACACACCACAGGCUCCAUCCAGCAUGUGCAGGUGGCCUCCUCAGUGGUGUCAUCAUUCGGUCAUCUGAAGCCCCCAACAAGGGAUCUCACUAUCAUGUCUCACAUGAAGUCUAUAAAGUCUCUCAGGCAGGCUGGGAUCACUGCAGUCUUCACUGGACAAAUGAAGCUGGAAAGUGAGGAGCUGUUGGAAGAGGUACCAAUCGUAGAUGUGAUUUUGGCUGACAUCGACUCCCUGGUGCCCACACAUGAUGAAGCAGGCCGACCUAUAGCUGAGUGGAAACGACAGGUGAUGGUACGGCAGCUGCAGGUCAGACUGCAGGCUGAGGAGGAGCAGAGGAGAGAGGACAUGACUAAUGGCUGCACACCAAUGGAUGGCUGGAAAUACUCACAAGCUCACAAUGCAGUCUUGGGGCCCUUUGGUGAGCUCCUAACAGAGGAUGACCUGGUGUACCUGCAGCAGCAGAUUGAGACUGUUUCUCUGCAGAAACGUUGCCAGGCCUACGAGCUGGAGUUGACCAGGCUGACUGAGGAGCUGAGGUCCAUCUUACCUGAUUCAAUUCUGAACAUCUCCCUGAAUAAAGAGGUUCUACAUCAGAUGGAUGCUGGUAAAAUGCAGCUGACUUUACCAGUAUGGUGUAGCCGCGUUUCUGAGAUUGUCAAGAAUAUGUCACUGCUGGUGGCGAAUCUGACUCAAACUACAGAAAAAGGGGGUGAGAAGACGAUAGUUGGGGGUAUAAUGGAGGAGAUGAAGGGUUUGCAGGGGGUUAGAGAAAGUUUAGGUUUUCAUUUAGGGCAAGGGUUGGUGACGGAGACAGAUGAAGCACAUGGUGAUACUUCAAGUGCGUGUAAAAUUCCUCAUAUAGGGAUGGCGUCAGCUUUUAGCCAUCGACUUGAGACAAACAGCUACAGCAGAGCACGCCGAGAAAAGGUGGAGAGGGAGAUACAACAGUCUGGGGUGUCAGUCAGAAACCUCAGAUCUAAUUUUGAAGGUCAGAUUGGUAGUAUCUAUCCCUUCGCUGGGGUUGUGAAAGGAGGUCAAGUAGGGUUUGGAGAGAACAACCAGAAUGCUAACACAAGCCUCAACUGUGAGGUCAUCCAACAUGAUCCCCCCCAAAAAAUCAAACCUGUGAUGGAGACUACCAGCCUACGGAAAGAACGGAUCGUAGUGCUGUUCUUGAGCCACUGGAAGAAAUCUGCAUAUGCUAUUUCAGUAAGAUUAGCGAGACAGGGACAGGAUGCAGCAGCUAGUAGGAUAACUGAUGCUUCUCCCCCGAAGAAAAUCACCUCCAUGUUUAAGUUCUGCCAACAAAGAGAAGCAGUGGACAAGAUACUCAGCUCUUGGAGGAGUAAACUAGAACUCAAAGAUGCACACGAGCCUGUUUUUUCUUCCAACUCCACACAAAAUACACCUCUUCAAGUCAUCUACUCCCCAGAACAAUUCCUGCCAGAUGUUGAAGGGGUAGCAGUGACCCAUGAUAGUCUGACCCUUGACCUCUUCAUGCUGGGAUACUUCCACAUCUUAGAGCAAGAGCUGUCCCCAGAGGAGAGGAAAAUGAGGCACCUCCUCUGCUUUGAAGUCUUUGACCAUGUCGGCAGUUUUCCUUGGGAGAUGGUGAGGGACUUCCAUAAGGCUUUUCUCCAGGAGAUCCAGUCUGGGAAGCGACAAUGGAAAGACGGCUUCGAGGAUAUCAAAGUUCGCUUCUUUGGGGACACAAAACCAUGUCGCUGUCCACCAUUACCAACAUCUUCGUCACCAUCAAAUUCCAGACUUGUACCCAAAGUUAUUGUUCAAACUGCUACUCCAGAUGAGAGUGGCAGUGACACAGACUUCUCCUAUUUCAACAAUGAAGACAUUUGUAAAUACAUCGACCGCAGCUUUGCUUUCUGGAAGGAGAAAGAGGCAGAGCUAUUUGAUUUUGAGCAUUAGAAGUUUGGUAAAAGUUGACAUUUUGAACCAAAAAGUGAUGUGUCAUUUUGGCUAAAUGAAG